CCGGUGUGGCUGCCGGACCCCGGGACUGACAAGCUCGGGAUGUUUGGGUUUCGGGAGCGGUGAGAGGGCGAAGCGGCGAUGGAGGAGGAAGAUGAGGAGAACAUGGAGCAGGAUCCCAACCACAACCACUGGCCCGAGCUGCCCAAUCUCCCGGCCGCUUCCUCCGGGUACGGAACCUGCACCAAGCGCUGUGACAGCGGCCCCGGGAAAGCUCUUCUCGGUCUGACCGGUAACAGCACCUCCAAGUUCCUGAUGAAUGUGAUUACGUUGGAGGAUUACAGGACAACUUACUGGCCCAAACUAGACAGCGCCAUAGAGCAGCUACUGACCCAGAGUCCCGGCGACUAUAUCCCUAUAUCCUACGAGCAAAUCUACAGUUGUGUAUAUAAAUGUGUGUGCCAGCAACACUCGGAGCAGAUGUACAGUGACUUGAUACAUAAGAUCACCAGCCACUUAGAGAGCGUCUCCCAGGAGCUACAGGCCAGUUCUCCUGCUGAUUAUAUUGAGAAGUUUAACCUGGCUCUGGCUCAGUACAUGGGAGCGCUGCACAGCAUCGUCCCUCUUUUCAUCUACAUGAACAAGUUUUACAUAGAAACCAAGCUAAACAGAGACCUAAAAGAUGACUUAAUACAGCUGUUUACCGACCAUGUGGCAGAAAAGCACAUUUAUAGCCUGAUGCCCUUAUUACUAGAAGCCCAAUCGACUCCUUUUCAAGUCACGCCGUCUACCAUGGCAAGCAUUGUGAAAGGCCUGUACACCCUGAGGUCGGAAUGGGUCCAGCUGGCGCCGACGCUCUUUUCAAAGUUUAUCCCCAACAUUCUGCCCCCUGCGGUGGAAGCAGAACUACAAGACUACGCUGCUCAGGACCAGAAGUUACAGCAGGAGCUGGCGCAGAACGGCUUCACCAGAGGGGACCAGUCACGGAAGCGAGCAGGGGAUGAACUGACAUACAACGGCUCCUCCUCAUGCGCUGGCACCCAGAGCUACAGAUAGUGAGACUCGCCCAACAUUCAUCUCCAGGACUGUGGCACCUCCCGUGGGCUCUUCAGCAGACUUGGACUGAGCGAUGGGCCCCUCGAUAUUCUGCCUCAUCCAGAUUUCUCAUUCCUCCUGCCAAACUCCGGCCUCAUGUGAACUCGUUUAUUACAGGAGAGCGACUUCUUGUAUUUUUGUUUUAAAAUGAAACUUGAACUGUUGCUGCUAAACACAGGGGGCGGGAUUAUAGAAAUGACUGCAAAAAUCAUCAUCAGCAUUUUGAUCCCCCCCUCCCCCCCGGGAAUUGGACCCCCCCCCCCGGGCAUUGGACCCUGUAUUAUCUGAAACAGGAAGGACUAUUUGUAAGCAAUAUUAGGGACGCACUGAAUCCAGGAUUCAGUUCAGGAUUUGCCCAGGAUUCGACCUUCCAAAUCCUUCUGCCAAUCCGAAUCCUAAUUUGUAUAUGCAAAUUAUGGACGGGGAAGGAAAUUUCGUGACUUUUUGUCACAAAACAAGGAAGUAAAAAAUGUUUUCCCCUUCACACCCCUAAUUUUCAUAUGCAAAUACAGAUUUGAUUUGGUAUUCGUCCAAAUCUUUCGCAAACGAUUUAGGGGUUCGGCUGAAUCCAAAAUAGUGGAUUCGGUGCAUCCCUAAGCAAUAUAUAUAUAUCUCUAUACGGCCUGCUCCUUGCAGGGGAACCCUUCCAUCCUUCCCCCCUCAAGUUCUCUCUGCAUGUUUGAUGCCAUUCCUUCUAGGGAUGCACAGAAUCCAGGAUUCCGCUUUUUUCAGCAGGUUUAGGUUUCAGCCGAAUCCUUCUGCCCGGCCAAAACAAAUCUGAAUCCUAAUUUGCAUAUGGAAAUUAGGAGCGGGGAGGAAAAGCGCGUGACUUUUUGUCACAAAACAAGGAAGUAAUAAUUUUUUCCCCUUCCCACCCCUAAUUUGCAUAUGCAAAUUAGGAUUUGGGUUUGGUAUUCGGCCGAAUCUUUCGCGAAGGAUUGUGGGGUUCAGCCGAAUCCAAAAUAGUGGAUUUGGUGUAUCCUUAAUUCUUUCCCAUUAGUUUUAGCCACUCCCACUUCCUUUGGCAGAAAGCUUUGUGAACCCCCAGCUCAUACGUCGACCAGGGGCAACUGCUGCUUGAUUUUUUAAUUUCUUUUCCUCCUCCUGCUUCGUCGCAUAACAAUUGGAACAGGAAAAGUGGGUGUUUGUGGCAUUGUCACCCGUUCAGCGACACCCACCCAGGACGCGUUCCUAAUCUCACAGCAUCUGCACCCUUCAGUUUUAAGCGAGUCCCACUGAGCGGCCUCUUUAUUUUUAUUUAACCGACGCAGUGUCAGGGGGGUGGUCGCAAUCGCUUUGCUUGGCUUCAACUUUACGGACCAAAUUCCACCGCCCCCUCCAGAUGUUUUUUCAUGAAGUUUAGGAAGAAUGGAUUGGCGACCUGUCGCCCUCUAGAGGUUGUUCAACUGCAGUUUCCAGCAUGGGCCGUCAGUAGUCAGUGGCAUGCUGGGAGUUGUAGUUGUAGAUCUGCUGGCGGGAGGCAUGGAGUCUCCCCAGUUAUUAUCUGUGCAGAUGAUACUGAUCAAGGGCCUGUGUUGGUCGUUCCAUAAGUGCAGGUCCUAGUAAAGCAGCAAAAGGCUUAAUUAAGAGACAUAGAUUUGUUACUAUGGUUACGGGUUGAUGUUAGAGGAACGUUUAUAUACAGAGCUAUGACAUAGCGCUUCUCUCUCUCUUAUAUAAACCACCCAGCCGCUAACAACCGAACGCUGCCCCUUUAAAUGGCAUAGACACUGUUAGAUUGGGAUGGAAGAGAGAGAGUGGCGUCCAAUCAAAUUGUACCGUGCAGUCUCUAACUUUGCUCUGUUUUUCACAUUGAAAAAGAACAGGUUGGUAUUAUCACUGAUAAAUCUUGUGUUUUAUUUCUCUCUAAUGAAUAAAAGUUUCUGAUCCGAC